AUGGCCACUCCCAUCGACUUUAACAGUGUGCUGGAUACAUCCAACCUCAAAGAUCGUUCGGUGCUUAUCACUGGCGCAGCAUCUGGCAUUGGUCUAGCCUGCGCGAUAAAGAUGGCCGAAGCAGGCGCAAUAGUCACCAUGGCUGAUCUACACGAUACGGCUGGGGGCGUCAUCCAGGGCAUCCUUGCCGAGAAGAACCUCUUCGACAUGGUGCCAGCCACGUUGCCAAACCCAGGAGACACACCACCACCUGCUCCAAGCUUUGCUUGCGUGUCCGUCAAUCUUGAGGCAGUAUACAAUACCUGCUAUCUAGCACUACAUCACUUCCGCCUCCCGCGCGCAGCAGCAACAACUUUCAAGCCCAGCAUCGUUCUCAUCGCCUCGCUUGCAGCCUAUAUUGGAUACCCAUAUAGCACCACAUACAGCAUGUCCAAGUUCGGUGUUCGAGGACUUCUGUACAGCUUGCGCGAGCGCGCCAUGCAUUCUUCGAUCCGCAUCAAUCUUGUUGCACCCUGGUACGUGGAUACCGGCAUCGCCAAGCAACCCGACUUUGUAGAGGACAACGGCGCUGUUCUUAACAUCAUAGGAUUUGUAUCCAUGGACAGAGUCGUGGAUGCUGUGGUGAGGUUUGCUUCGGUUCAAGAGUUGUGUGGAAGAAGCGUAGGCAUCUUCCCCAAGGGCAGCGAAGAUCUUCUCGACGAUCUGGAAGGUGGAUACGGCGGCGCGAUAGUGAGUAAACAUAUGCGCGAGGUUCAAGCAGUCGUCGUGCAGGAGAUGCAGAAACAGAUGCAAACGUAG